AUGUUAACCAAGGAGCAAUACUACAGAACUAAAUUGAAUAUUAGCUGCUAAAUGAUACCAAGAUAUCCUACUCAGAGAUUGAUGGAUCGUUUGUUUACUUCAACUCCACAAAAAAAGAUGGGAAUAAAAUCUAUGAGUAAACUGUUAACAGUAGUAAUGACAAUCAGAGAGAAUAAAGAUCUUGCGUAAGAUGACUUAUAUCUAAUCUUGGUAAUUAAAAACUAAGGGUACGCUGAGAAUUUGAAAUUGGCAAACAAAAUGAAAGCUCUCAGUUUUAAAGAUAUAAUGGAAAGCGAGAUAUAUGCUACUUACUACUUUUCAAGUGAAAUAGGAAUUAUUGAUAUGAGAAGUUCUAAAUUUAGAGAUGAGCACAAUAUUAAAGAGCAUAUCAUAAUCAUUUCACUGAGCGAUAUCUCAGAGAAUCCUAUUGUAAGAAUGCUUUUUGGAUGGUUUAGUGACUUUGACAACAUUAUUGUUAAUCAAGUACUAUUUACAUUCUAUAGAUAAGGAGGGUUUCUCUUUAGAAAUGACACAAUUGAGACUUGGUAUUGGGAUGUUUCUAGAUAUUCUGAAUACAGGCCAAGUAUUAAGUAUGAUUAUAACGAUAACACUUUUCUUUGGGUAAUUACGACCAUUUUCUACAAAUUCUUGAUUAUUUUGGGUGCCAUUGUUGCCUAUGCUCACAUAUCCUGGAUUAAUGCUCUACUUAUUAGGGUUGCCAUUCUCUGUUCUAAUAUAGUUAUAUUCCCUAUUCUCUCAUGCACAAGAUCUAUCCUAAGAGCAAACCUAAACAGAUUUUAAAUUGCUGCCAUUUAUAGAUCUUCACCCCACAUUGGUGCACUAGCUGCAUAUUUAGAUAGAAGGAGAUCAUCUAAAUGCUCAUUAAUAUUCUCCUUUAUCGCUUGCUUGAUGGUAUUUUACUUUAUGUUUGCUGCUUGUUAUUUCCUUUGGAACUAAACAGUAUUUCCACACUUGAUUGCCAAGGGUAUUAAUGAUAUGUACUUUUUCUAUCAUAAUUGGGUUGAGUUUAUGGCACUAUUCUUUAUAAGAACGAGAUCGAGCAUAAAAUAUUUCCCUAAAUUAGUAACAAUCGUGAACAUUAUCUUCUAAUUUUACAUCAAUUAGUACUUCUAUGCAGCAUAAUAUGAAAUGUUCUAUUGCCUAUCUUCGAUUACUAUGCUUCUAUUGUUUGGGUUUAUAAAAUACUUUGAACAGCCAUCAAUGAAUAGUUGGAACCCAUUUGGAAGCUAUACUCCCAGCAUCACUAAUCCAAGAGCUGGAUAUUAAUUAGUUACAGUGAAUUCAUUUAUGCUUGGCUUUGAUAUAUGGACUAUGUUUCAUCCUCUCAAAUUCAGAGAUACCUUCUUGGUUUCUGAGUAAAGAUAAUAUGAUCUACUUGCUGGUCAGGAGAUUUUAGGUUUUGAUUUUGAUCCAUAGCCAAGAGAAGUACCUGAUUUAUAAAGGCGCGUUCCACAGGCUCCACAAUAAAUACAAAUGGCAGUUAUUUAGAGAAGAAGAGAUUAAUCAUAAUAGCUGAAUUAGCCAGAGGGUGAUCUUGAAAGACAGUAAGUGUAGGCUGAUGAAGAAAUAGUGGGAGAGAACAGCUAGGAUCUUCUUGAUAAUCCUCAUCCUAAUGAACAGGAUAAUUUUUAGUCAUCACUCAAUUCCUAAGAACAAAUAGAUCGAAAUUUCUUCAGAAAUACUUGA